AGGAAAGUAACAUAGCAAGCGCCUUUUAGAUAUUUAAAAAAUGAUGAAAACAACGUGGGUUUUGUGAAAUUAGCAUUUUAUUAGCCUUGUUAUUGUUCAAUUGUGCAAUAUACUAUACCCUUUACCUAGAAAAAAGGUUUAAUCGCUGUAAAACAAAGCAACAUAAUGGCGACAGAGACAAGUGAUCUUGAAAAGAAAAUAAUACGGCAAAUAGAGUACUAUUUCGGUGACCACAAUCUCCCAAGAGACCGUUUCCUUCAGGAACAGAUAAAAGAAGAUGAUGGCUGGGUCCAGUUUGAGACGAUGAUCAAAUUCAAUAAGCUGAAACAGAUCAGCGACGAUAUUAAAGUCAUCGCAGAAGCAGUGAAGAAGUCAACAAAUGGUCUUAUUGAGGUGAGCGAAGAUGGCUCCAAACUGCGUCGACAUCCCGAUAACCCGAUUCCUGAAAACACGGAGGCGAGACGUCUUGAAAUCAACAACAGAUCUGUUUAUGCUAAAGAGUUCCCUAAAGAUGCUAAGCUGGAGGAUUUACAGGAGUACUUUGAGUCGUUCGGGCCGUGCGAUAAUAUUCAGAUGAGGAAAGAUGUUCACAAAAAGUUCAAGGGUUCAGUAUUUGUGGUGUUCCAUGGAGAUGAAGCUGUCAAGAAGUUUCUGACGGCAGAAGAAGUUAAAUACAAGGACACUGUACUGGAGAAAAGAAUGUUGAAGGUAGAUUACUGGAAGGAAAAAACAGAGGCCAAGAAACAGCUGCAGGAACAGAAGGAGAAAAAGAAAUCAGAUGCAUCAGAAAGGCAACACAAGGAUGAGGAACGAAACUUUAAAAAUGAACUUACAAAGGGGGCUAUACUCCACAUGAAGGGUUUCGAUGAUAAGACCACACGCGAAGACAUUAAAAAUCUGCUUGGAGAUUAUGGGCCGAUUGCCUGGGUGGACUUUAACAAAGGCGACCCUGAGGCCUGGGUGCGUUAUGACCAGGAAAACAAGGCUACUGAUGUUUUGGAAAAAGUUACAGCUGCAAUGGACGGCAAGGUUGAAUUGAACGGAAAAACUCUUGAAAACAGAGUGCUCGAAGGCGAGGAGGAGGCUGCUCGAUGGAAGAAAAUGUUUCAAGAUAUCAGAAACAGGAUGUCUGGUAACCAGCGACGCAACCAGAAGGGGAAAAGCCGCUUCGGAAAGAGACCAAGCAAGCGUGUCCGAGAUGACAAACGAGGGAAGAACACAGGAGGGGAUGGUGGAGGAGAGAAGGCUAACGGUGAACCAGCAGCCAAGCAGGCUAAAGUUGGGGACUCGUAGAGACACAUUGUGUUUUAGACUAUCCAGGGCUGCUACCAAAAUGCAGUUUUGAACUUUGGAAAACAGUUUGUUUUUUUACAUACCAUUCCACAAUGGAUAACUGUAAUGUUGUACAGUAAAGAUUGAGUAUGUAAAGGAAUACAUUUUUAAUUAAAAGUGAAUAUAGCAGUGAAAGUGUUUAUUUCAAAUCAUGCCUUUUCUGAAUUGUUAUUGCAGUGGUAUGCUCAUAUUAAGGUGAAGACAUUUCACAAGCUUUUAUAUCAUCUAUUAUUGGAUGUUAAUUGAUACAUUUAAUAUGGAACCAAGAAAAUUAAAACUAAUAAUACCUGAAAUUGAUACUUACCUUGAGAGUGUUAUAGGGCAAUAUGAUAAUACAAUUUUAAGGGAUCUGACCCAAAAGUGAACUUGUUUUUCUCAGAAUGUUCAAAUAUGAUGUCUGGUGACAAACAUUAGUUGCUUAAAUCAUUUGAAAAAAAUGCUUUUUGAUAACUGAUAUGUGAAAUUAUUGACCAAUACCACAUAAUGCAUUUAAAAAUUAUUAUGGUUAGUGCAGUUUGCUCUUAUCUCUUUAUUUUCAUCUAAAUUUGAUUUGAAAUAAUAUAUUUUGCAAUUGUUCAAGGAUGUUGUUUUAGAGUUUAAAAAGUUCAGCCCGCAUCCAUUCGUUGCAUUGUGACUUGACCAAGUUAUGUGUCCUCGAUCAAGGUAAAAUUGUAAGUUAAAUUCCAAAAUGGAAAUGAGUUUUUAAGUGACUGUCAUUUGCAGUCAAAUGGAGACUACUGCCUUAAAGAUAUAUUUUGAAAAUUUAGUCAUUGGCUCAAUGAAGUUAUAUCAGCUAAAAAAAACUAGGUUCUAUUGUUCAAAAACAAAAAGCUUGUUUGAUAUAUUAUUUUUUCAUGCACAUAAAACCCUUCAAAUUUCACUUGUAUGUGUAUCAGAUGCCUUAAAUUUGUGUAUUUUCAAAUUGAAAUAAUAUGUCAGAGAAAAAUUUAAUUAGAAUGUUGGUUGUCAAAGGAAUCACAUGACUGACAAUUGUCAGGUGGUGAAUUUUGCAAUCAUCAACAGAAUAUAUGGAUUUUUUAUUGAGAAACAUGAUGAUUGUUGUACUAAACAGGGGGUAUUAACAUACUAAAUACAAGGCUUCAAAUAAUAAUGAGUUUGUUUGGCAAACAAAAUGUCAUCUUGCAUGGUCAUAGAAUAAUUAUACCAUAUAAAAAAUAUUUUACUUUUUUUUCUUUGUAGAAAAUUGGAUAGUAUUUGAAAUAGUUUGCAAGUUCCUUGAUUUUUUUCGUCUGCAGGUACAUUAAUAGUUAUAUAAGUAAUUGCUUCAUCAACAUUUCUGUAUAUAAUUUAUGCAUCAUCUCUUAUUUUCAAAGUUGUCUUUUAUCUUAUGAAAGUCAUCUUUAUGUUGAAAAUGUGCAUCAUUGUAUUACUGGACAUUUAUGUAAACAUCAUAUUUGUUAGGUAUAAUCGCAGUGUUUGUGAAAAAAACGUUUAACUUGGUUAUAACACAAAAUGUUACAAGAUAUUGAAAUAAAAUUUGGUACACAUUUUAUCACAGACAAUAAGUAUAUAGAAUGUAUAUUGACAGUUAAGAAAACUGUUCAUGUUCUGUGUACAUAAAAUAUGAAAUAGGGUCAUUUCAUUGUCAUUAUCAUUAAGAAUUGUUCAUGUUCAUGUUUUAGCUAUUUUGCAUAUGUGAAUAAAUUGCAAACGCUUAAAACAUUACAAGACUAUUUUCAGGCAAAUUAGUCAAAUCAUUUUGUGAGUUCCAUAUUGAAUCUGUUUUCUAGGACGGUGUAUGUCAGUUCUAAGUCCAUACAUGUGCAAAUGAUACUGAAUAAAAAUUAUAAUAGAAAUAAA